AUGGCAGCAGCCGAGUGCGUUGUUCCCUCCAGCAUGCUGGCGAUGCCAGCGACGGAACACGGCCUCGAGAACCUCAGCGGAGCCGCGAACAUGGUCCCCCCCGCCCGCGGGACUCAGGUCGUUGACGUCCCUUUCGUGCACUACAGGCAGACCCUGACCGUGAAAGAAGUGAAGGUGCCCGUGGAAGUGACCAAGGUUUCUGUGAAGAAAGUCGAGGUCCCAGGCGUCCAUGAAGUCCCCAUCAUCAAGCCGCGCGAAGUCAGCGUCCACCAAGUAGUCCGCCGAAAUGUCCCCGACCCCGUAGACGUCUUCACAGUUCAGACGUACAACAUGCCGCGCAUCCAGCCCAAGUACUACGACGUGGAGGUGCCGAUCUACGUGCCGCGCUACGUGGAGGUGCCUGUGCCGUCGCACUUUGUUACCCUCCAGAAGGAGGAGCUGCCCGCGGUGGUGCCUGUGGGGCCGCCUCUCCAAAGCCUGCAUAGCGCGCCUGUGCUGGAGAACGACCAAGUUUACAGUCUCGCCCCCUCGGCUGCGAAUGAGUGUGCGGCGGCUACUGUCUCCGCAGGCUUCGCUGAGGAGCAGUUUUCCGUCCACCGACAGGGAUCGGGCAGCUCGGACUACGGGUACACGGAGGCCAUGAACAACGAAGGUCUCAAGGCUGAACUGACUCUCACCGGGAGCCCCUCUGCCUACAACGAUGCCGCCGCAGCCACAGUCCUUAUCGAGGCCACAACGGAGACGCAGACUCUGCCCCCGAGCAGCCAGCCGACACCGGGCCUUGCCGCGUUCUGCUGCUCCCCGAGCGUGGAUGUCGCCGAAGAAGCAGGUUCCAUCGGCUGCUCUUCGCGUCUGCUCUGUCGCGUCAACGACGAGGAAGCAGCGCCUUCGGAGGCCAGCGAAGCGGUGAACGAGCGCGCUGCUGAUGACGCGCCUGAGGUCGCUCAUGACCCAUCCGACGCUGUCGGUGACGCGUCUGACGCUGCGGAUGACGCAUCUGACGCUACAGCGUAG